CAACUUAAACAUAACCUUUACCGUCACCGGCUUUUUCCUGUUCCACGAGCUCCGUCAGGGACAAGUUGACAUUUUUUUGCACCGCCUUUAAGGAUUUCAUGUAGUUCCCCCAGUUGUGGUUUUUCAGUUGAAUCGUUUCGCUUAAACACUUCAAAAUUACGUUGUUUUUGCAUAUUUUGACACUAAUCACGCCUUCGUUUGUCAUCUUUCUCGAAUAAAAAAAUCGAACUUGCGCGCUUUCGGUCGUGGGAACACGAUGAGGUUAUGUUAAACAGCGACACGACUUUUUUUAAUUUUUGAUUUAUUAAUUUUAAAAUGUACGAAAUAUCCGAGGUUGAGGACAACGAGGGCUCACGCCCGAUCCUCGUGGAAUUUCAAAAUAGCAAACUUCAGGAAGGACAAGAAAAUCACUUAAAAACCGCGAUUUUUAGGGAAAAUCGUGACACAAUCGUCGCGGCGGCUAGUAAAAAGCUUUUGUACACGGGACGGGUCAGUGGUGACCAGGACCAGGACCUCCACAAGCGGUUUUUGCUGAUUUCGAAUCGGAGGACUGGAAAAGUGCGUCUGGUGGCAGUGGACAGCGUGAUUCUCUCACCGCAAUUCCCCGAAAAGAAUCGGGGGAGCAUAAGUGAGAAAAAUGUAAAUUCGGUGAAUAAGUUGCACAAAGCGUUUGGGUCCAAAAAAAUCAAAAGAAUCACCGAACAGAGGGAAAGGAUGAAAAUGAACAUUGACGACGUUCGAGAGCAAUUAGAACAGACAGUUGCCGGAAUUGAAAUUGAUGACAGUGGGCCUUUGAUUGUCGAAAGGGCCGAAAAUGACAGUGCUUACAGGCCCCCAGUUCACCGAGACGCCGAAAGUCGGGAAGAAGUAUACAUUUUGAACGAAAUCGUGCCUUUGAAAAUUUUAAAUUCUUUGGAAAAAGAAACUAGAGAAAUUUUUGACUCGGACUUGGAUUCUACAGAGUUGGCUCCAAUGGUUCGGGAAAAGUUCGCACAAAUGCAAAACUCGUCCUCUCCAGACGUACAAAAGUGCGAACUACUUUUAUACCUCGACUAUUUAAUAAAAUUCAUCUCAAAACCGGCCAGAAGUAUAACGAAAAAAUUCGUAAUUUGCCCGACUUCACAACAAGUAAAUGUCCACAUUUUGGACCACUUUACGGUCUCUUCAAAUACGGGAAGAACCCGUCCAGUAUCAAUGAGGGACAAAACAGUCUGUUACAUUCUCGUUAUCGCAAUGAUUGCGUUUGACUACGAAGUUGAUUUAGAACAACUGGCCAAAGUUAUAAAAAUCGGCGUGAAAAAAUUGCAAGAAAUGGGCCGUAUUCUAGCGUUCAGUCCCCACCUAAAAAACAAGAACGCCAUGACUCUGAAAAUUCCGCUCCCAGCCGCCGUGACCUCAUCAUCGUCCAAUAAGCGCAAGAGAAAAUAAAUAAAUGAGUAAUAAAUUAGUUUUAUUAGA